AUGCUCACUCAAGGUAUUCUUGAAACUUCUAUAGUCAGUACCCUUGUUUCUUUACCAACAUUUAUUAUUCCUACACACCCAAUCUCAUCUUCGCCAACAUUUACUCCAAUUCUCAAUCAACCGUUCACUUCUCUAUUUUCUUCCCAAUCUACUGAUCCACCAAAAUCUGUUGAUGAUACUGACAAUGAUGAUGGAGGAUUUAGAGGAACUUUUGAUGAACUUCAGUUUGAUCCAGAAGAAGAAGAUAUUCUUGAUCACAUGUUUAUGUCAGGAAAACAAUUUAAAAUUCUGAACAAAAAUCUUAACUCGAUCAUUCAAUCCCAAGCAGAAGUAGGGAGAAACAAUUCUUUGUCCAGUAUUGAAGUGGAUGUCAUGCUAAAAGCACAAGAAGCUUGA